AAGCCACAGAAUCGGUUGCGUCGAAGAUAGAAUGGCUCCCUUAAAACUGAAGUUGGCUGCAAAUAUAUCGAUGAUGUUCACGGAGGUGGGAACUCUUUUGGAACGAUAUGGUGCCGCGAAGUGCGCGGGUUUCUCAGCCGUCGAGUGUGCAUUUCCUUACGAUUUCUCAGCCGAAGAUGUUGGAAGGGCUCUGGAAACCGCUGGUGUUGAGCAAGUGUUGAUCAAUUCUCCUCCAGGAAACUUAGAUGUUGGCGAGCUAGGUCUAGCAGCAUUACCUGGGCGCGAGAAAGAAUUCCUUCAGUCUCUCGAUUUAUCAGUGAAGUAUGCGAAAAUACUCAAGUGUUCUCGAAUUCACAUCAUGGCUGGCAAGUCGACGAACGAGUCAUCCACAUGCGACGAGACAUACAUGAAGAACCUCCGUCUUGCUGUGCCUGUAUUGGAGAAUGCUGGCAUUACAGGGUUGAUCGAACCCAUUAAUCCCUGGACCAUUCCGAAGUACCAUCUGUCGAGUUAUGACCAUGCCGUUAAAAUUCUGAGAGGUAUUGAUUCGUCCGCCUUGAAGCUGCAAUUGGACGUUUUUCACUUGCAACUGAUAUCAGGGAACAUUACUCGAACCAUCACAGAUCUUCUGCCAAUGAUCGGACACAUCCAAAUUGCUCAAGCUCCGCAUCGUGGAGAACCCGAUACACCCGGUGAAAUUGACUAUUCAUAUAUGUUCAAGUUGCUUGAGGACUUGGGCUACGAUGGUUGGAUAGGAUGUGAAUAUAUACCGUCGCACGCCAGUACGAAAGAUGGCCUCGCUUGGAUGCGUUCUUACAGUCUCAUGUGACCUUAUUUUUUUUAUGAGAGAAUCAUAUAGAUGCAGUUAUCUUCAACGAGGAGCCGUGAUUUUAGUGUACUGUUUCUGAUGUAGGAGCGUCCAGAGCUAUGAUGCUUGAUUAGGAGCGAUUGUUCGUGCAUUGGUAGAUUGGGCUUGUUGCAACUUCUAUAGCGGAUCUUUCCUUCUUCAUGAGUGCAUCUCUGCUUGGGUUCCUGUCUCGGUCAGCCUCUCAACUGUGGAGUGAACAGGUUUUAUUUGGAAGAUGUGUGCACAUAGAGGUCCUAUUUAGACCUCUUAUGUGUUCACUAAAACUUGAGGCAGAUUUAGCCAUGCUUGCGUUGCGUGUGUGUGUAAUCAUCGACGAAAAAAAAACUUGUAAAAGCAACAACUUCAGAAAUGAAAGAGCCCGAUAAUUUUCUGUGCCAUAUUUGCUCGAAAAUUGAGAAGCAAUCGGGGUGCCCUAUGAACCCCCAUUUUAUUUUUUCUCAAGAAGGACGCUCUUUCGCUUUCAAAUUUAGUUCACAAUUCCUCUUCUAUUCGACGAAAGGGGUAUGCUUAUUUUCGGAUGAUUCAUAUGUGUGAUAUCUUGGAGAAAGUACAUUACGUUUCAAUACUUUUAUAAAUUAGUUCAAUUUUCAUACUUUUGCCGCAUCGUUUCCGUCAUGAUGUGGGGCAAACUUCUAGUGAGACCUGGUUUUUUAACAUUCGAGCUGUCAAUUUCGUGUGAAGUUCAUUUUGACAGAGGUCAUCACUUCACAUGCAAAUCUCGGACGCCGUCGACUAAUGCACACAAUGUUUAGCUGAUAAAAAAAUCCAAAUACGAUGCCUGAACGGCUAGGUUUCGUAAUUUGUUCAAUCCCACGAUGUGCGCCUAUUCUUUUGAUAACUGCUUCCUCGUACUCUAACCAGUCAACCAUAUAACGUAUUUGAAUUUUCGAGGUACCAAACUUCUAGGAUGAGUGUGCUACUUUCGUCGGAAAAGGUUGCUGGUAUGAUGACGUUGUGUUAUAAGGUGAAAGAAUGCUUCAGACCAGUGGUGCCCAACUCAAAAGUGGUCAAGGGCAACAUGAAAAAAAGCCUUCUCUGCGGGCCACAAUGCUGAAAAUAAAUAGACUCCUCUAAAAUUUUUCCACAUUUUAGACUCAUUUGAAUUUAACGAAAGUCAGCACGUCCCUUUCAUUCUUUUAAGCAAGCUUGGAAAUUUCUCAGAGUAAUUUAUCCUUAAGUCUUUGUGUUUGGUCUUGAAAUGCCAGAAAAAAACUGCAUUCCUUGGAAACUGAAAUUUUUUCAAGACAAACCCAGCAAAGCAUUUUACCAUUGAAGAUAGUGAAGAAAUAUUUUUUUGACCAUUCUCCAUUAAACACUCUGCAUUGAUUGUCAAUCUUUUGUGUGUCACUCCUUUUGGCCAUUUUUUAUUCAAACCUUUGUUGAAUGAGAAAUUGUCUCAUCCAAUUAUUAUUUUCUUCAACCAGAAGAUCACUGUUAACUCUUAAAUCUCUGCAUCUUCCAUUUAUCUGACAGAGCUCAAAUUCUAUUUAUGCUGUGUAUGUUUAUGCAAAGGACAAAUUCAAUUUUCAACUUUUUUUCUCUAUAGGAAAAGCUGCAAUUCAACUCAGACUUAUCUUUUUAAAGCAAAUUUUUGUUAUCCUUACCCCAUAUUUCCCAGCACAAAAAAUCACAUCUUCCUAAAAAUUAUGAACUAGCAACGUAAUACUUGAUUCAGUUAAUCACAAAUAUGCAAUAGUACAAUGCAUUGUGAUCUCAAUUAGUUUUCUUUAAGAGAUCACUGCAUUUAAAUGAAUUAUGCAUCACUUUUGUACCAGUUCCUGAAAAUGAAAACAGUGUCUUCAGAAAGCUACAUACAUCGGCCAGCUGAAAGCAUGGGAGAAGGGAGUGUGCAACUUCAAUUGCUCACUCAAACUGAAAAUUUUGAAAGCUUCCAGAAAUAUAGUUAAAAUCACUAACUUAUUCUUGUAUUUUUUAUGCAGUCUGCAAGCAUUAAGCAAACAAAUUUUGAAGUUUCUUUGAA